AGUUAUGCACGAGCAUCCCGGAGAGGAGGCGAGGGAGCGAAGAGAAAAAGGGGACCUGACAAUAAGUAUUUCUAAGCCAUGCAUCUUAAAAGUGACAUCUGCGCCUACUAUUAAAAGGAUGACGAGCGUACCUUUUUAGGACACAACCGCCCCCCCCCCUCUCCACCCUCCACCCCCACCCCCACCAACCCCUGCACAGUUAAAAACAUCCCAGUACCUGUUUUCAGAACCACUAAUUGAAUUCGCAGCGAAAGCGAGCCGACGGCGCUGCCGCGUUUCAGCAGCCGUGUUGAGUGAGGGGCAACGAUGUCGCAUGCCUGUGGACUGAAGAUAGCCACUGGGCCACAGCUUUACACAGUGUAAGGCUAACCUCGAGGCAGCCAUAGAUUCAUGUCCCAGUCAACACACUCGAGGAUGGCAAUCAGGAAAUAGGACAUUUGAAAUUUUCCUUCCAUCUCCAGAGCCAUCAGCAAUGCUACCAAAAGAGCAUAACAGUGAAAUCAAGGCAGGCCAGAUCGGCCUGUUCAGCAGGGCUGCCCUGACCACAGAGCAGGAAGAGAAAGAGACUCAGUAUGCGGACCCUCCAGAUGGAGGCUGGGGCUGGAUGGUGGUGCUGCACUGCUUCCUGGUGAAUGUCCUGGUGAUGGGAACACUAAAGAGCUUUGGGAUCUUCUUUGUGGCAUUCCAAGAUGAAUUUGGAGGCUCAUCGGAGAGUAUCAGCUGGAUUGGCUCCAUCAUGUCCAGUCUGCGUUUGUCAGGAGCACCCAUUGCAUCUGUGGCCUGUGCCAAGCUAGGAUGCAGAGUGACCUCUAUUGCUGGAGCAGUGCUGGUCAGUGGAGGCUUCCUCAUGAGUAUCUUUGCCACCAAUGUGGUGUUCCUGUACGUCAGCAUGGGAGUGAUAGUUGGAAUGGGUUUUGCUCUUCUAUAUCAAGGCUUCUCAGUUGUCACAGCAUUGUACUUCCGAAAGAGGUUAGCAACGGCAUAUGCAAUUGGACGCUCUGGAAUGGGUUUGACCUUUGCCCUGGCUCCAUUCACUCAGCUGCUCCUGGACCAAUAUGCUUGGCAGGGAGCCAUGCUGAUCCUUGGGGGUCUCAUGUUGAACUUGGUUGCCUCAGGAAUGCUUCUGAGACCCAUCGAUGUAAGGCCUUCAGUCACAUCGAUGCCAACUUCCUCCCCCAUUCAGAAGAGUCCUGCUGUCUCCCUCAAGAGCUCUUCUGAUAAAGAACACCAUAAAAACUGCAUGAAUGGGAAUGGCUCUUCUCUCAUUACAAAUGGCAUCUCCAAACAAGACUCAUUCCCAUCUCCCCCUUCUGUUCCUCACUGGGACACCGAGGCAGCCCCAGUUGGCCAGAGCACCCAAGGCCUCCAGGACCACUCAAUUAAUCCUGAACUGACCAAGCUGGUCCUAAAUGGUGUAAAUGGCCUUGAGCCACACCAUGACCUGAGUCCAGGUAAACCCGGAAGCCCAGACAGCUCUGCAGAGCUCAAUGGCAGCAUGAAUGGGUCUGCCAUUGUAGGGCUUUCAUCCCAUGCUAGCACCCCUAGCAAGGCGCCUGUCAAAACAACUAAAGUAUUGGACUUCUCGUUGCUCAAGGACCCCUUCUUCUGCAUUUACACCUGGUCCCUUGUCUUCAGCCAACUGGCCUACUUCAUUCCCUACUUCCACCUGUCUGCCCGUGCCAGGACCCUGGGUAUCGAUGCUAUGGAUGCAUCCUUUAUCAUCUCUGUGGCAGGUAUCACAGAGACGAUAGCCCAGCUCGCCUCAGGCUGGAUAACAGACAGAAACCUGUUCCAUAAGUACCACUACCACAAGGCCUACCUGAUCCUCUGUGGCCUUGUAAACCUGCUCUCCCCGCUGGCCACCUCCUACAUAUUAUUAAUGGUGUACGCUGUCUUCUUUGCCGUCUUCUGCGGAGGUUACAUGGCUUUGCUGCUGCCCGUCCUGGUAGACUUGGUGGGGUCAGAGAGACUUAACAACUCCAUGGGCUUCUCCAUGUUCUUUGUUGGCCUGGGUUGUCUCACUGGGCCUCCUCUUGCAGGUUUCCUGUAUGACUACACCCAGACCUAUGACUGCUCUUUCUACCUGGCCGGGGUCUGCUACCUGCUCUCCUCCCUCUCCCUCUUCUUGGAGCCCGUUGCACAGCACUGGCAGGGCCGGAAGAAACAGGCCCAGGUCAAGGGAGCUGAAAGCUGCUGCAAAACCAAUGGCUGCUUCAGCCCUGACCCUUUGCACAAUGGCGUUGUGUAGAGGACUCAAAA